AUGACUCAACAACUCACAGCAAUUGUCCAAAAGGCAUCAAGGGCCCACUCCGCAACUGUUUUCUUCUUUCACGGUCUUGGUGACAGUGGGAGUGGUUGGUCGCCUGUAGGCACACAAAUAUCUCGAGAAGUUCCUCAUGUUAAAUUCAUUUUCCCGAAUGCCCCUGAUAAACCAAUAACUAUUAAUGGUGGUGCUGUAAUGCCUGCAUGGUAUGAUAUUCAUGCGUUAGGUGAUAUUAAUAAUAUGAUGAAAUCACGCGAAGAUGAACAAGGAUUGCUAGCAUCAAUUGCAGCAGCGAAUAGUCUAAUACGAGAAGAGAUUGGUUCUGGAAUUCCAUCAAAUCGUAUAGUAGUUGGUGGAUUCUCACAAGGUGGAGCUAUGGCCCUUGCCAUUGGUUUAACUUCCGAAUAUCCAUUUGCUGGAAUAAUUUCGUUAAGCGGAUACAUUCCAUGUAGAAAAAAGAUUUUAAUGAUGUCAACGGAAACUAACAAAAAAACGCCAAUCUUUAUGGGACAUGGUGACUGGGAUAUGGUUGUGCCGCAUCAAUUUGGUAAAGAAACUUCGAAUUUGCUCCAAGAGAAUGGAUAUUCUGUAAAUUUCAAAACCUAUGAGGGGAUGGGGCAUUCAUCUGAUGUAGAAGAGAUAAGAAACGUCACAGAAUUUCUUAAGCGAGUGAUCCCUGCUCUUAAUUAG